GUGAUCUCUAUGGAAAUGUCGAAAACAUGGUCGAAGUUACCGAAGUCGAAAACCUUUCAAAAGAAAACAAUUUGUGAUAUUGGAACUGCAAAUUGCAAAACAUAGCUCUCAAUAUUUCGCUGACGAUGUUCUCGCGUUACUGUUGUUAUUGUUAAGUAUAGUUGUGAUAUUGUAUUCGUAUUUCAAAGAGAUUUUUUACGAGGACAAAAUUUUAAUCUUGAGGAAUGUGCUGCAACCGUUUAUUUUUUCUUCGGGUACUAUAAUUUCUCAUGAUGCCGCCCAGAAAAGUUAAUAGAUCACCGGUAAAAGCUGCUGAGAAGAAGCCCCGAGGCCGUCAGAAGACAGUUAAGCCUGUUUUAAAAACGCCAUCAGUAGUAAAAGUAAAACUGAAGUUACCAACUGCCACCACAGUCGAUGAGAAUGUCGAAAACGAAAUUUUGCUAUUUGAAGAUGUUGAAGUUAAGAAUCCUGUCACAAAAAACUAUACAAUUACUAAAAAGAAGGAAGUGAAGCAAGCUAUAACUAAGGAUGCCCCGGUAAAAAAAAAGGGUCAAGCUAAAGGUGCAGCUAAAAAUGAUACAACUGUUGGGACAAGUGGUGUUCAAGAACAUAAUCCUGCUUGUGAUAUAUCACAAAUAGAUGCAAUUUUAAAGACAAAUGAUGAUGUUAAAGGAGUUAAGACACCGGUCACGAAUAACAAUACAAUUGUUAAAAGGAAAUAUGUGAAGAAAGCUACUACUAAGGAUGCACCUGUACAGAAAAAGGAUCAAACUGGUGGUGCAGCUGAAAGUGAUACAAGUGGUGAGCCAAAUAUUAAAGAGGUUAAGAAACCUGUUACGAAAAACAAUACAACUGUUAAAAGGAAGAAUGUAAAGAAAGCUACUACUAAGGAUGCACCUGUAAAGAAAAAGGCUCAAGCUAAAGUCGCGGCCAAAAAUGAUAAUGUUGAGACAAGUGUCAUCAGAGAGAAUACUCCUAUAUGUGAUAAAUCGCAAAUAACUCCAAACUAUUAUAAAGUUUUGCUGGCAAAUGAUGUUGUUAAGUGGCAAUUUCCAAACAAUUCCAAGUAUGAAAACGAACAAAGAAACGAAAAAUUUUGGCAGGUUGUAGAAGAUAAAAAGCAAUCUACAAGUAAACAAAGUAAACCCAAGAAACCACCAACCAAGGAGAGGGCGAACAAACAUAAUGUUACAUCAAAAGAUAAAUCAGACUAUGAUUCUACAAAACGAAAGCAACCACCUAAGAACGUAACCAAAACGUAUUCACCCGAAAAAAGUGAUUGUAAAGCUAUUCUGACAUCAAAAGACGAAUCUAUGGAUGAUGCUGAUAAUAAAACGAUGAUUAACACAAAAAAUACUGAACAGUCUAUUAAAAGAAAGCACAAAUUGUCACUUAAUCGCAAAACUGCAAAGGCUGGACCUCUUAAAAAAGUUGUAGACAGCGUUAAAAAAGAGAAAGUAGUAUGUAAAAAAGGAAAACCGGUUAAAAGUACAACAAAAAAUCAGGGGAUAGUCAUUGGUAAAUCUAUUGAAAAUUGUAACUUUGAUGAAUGUGCUGAUAAAAUGGAACAAGCAUCUAUAAGCUCUGUUAAGUCAUGGACAAAAGAUAUAUCUAGCUCUAGCAACUCAUCUUUCAUUACAGUGGAUUCAAAUAACUGGCAUUAUUUUGGUAAUAAAAUACCAGUAGUGCAACUAAACGACAUUGCAGAAAACUUAAUUGGUAAUCGUAAUGUGGUCGUUGCUGAUAGUGUAAUUAGAGGAAAUCAAAAAACUACGAAUGCAACUGAUCAACAAUAUUGUGGCUCUUUAAAUCUUAAUAAUCGCUGGUUUUCGAGUUUCUCAAGUUCGAAUUCGAACCAAAAAGAGUUUAAUUUUUGUUCAGAACAAAACAGAAUCAAUAAUUAUUGUAGCACGGAGAUUGAAGAAAAUGUUGCUGAUGUUACACGCUCUUCAUUACGUCUUAGUACUUCAUCCACUUCUAGCUCUGAUUCUAGUUCAAGUAGCAGCUCGUCAGAUGGAGCGAGCGUUAGUGAGACUUCGCAAAAAAAUUUAGGCCAGACAUCAAAAAUACAUGAGAAUAAGUUAAGUGAAGGUGAAAUGUCUGUAAACAGUAAAUAUAAAAUGAUAUUACAAAAUCUCAACUCCAAGAUAAAAUUGACCCAGCUUUCAUUUAAGAAUAAAAGUAAUAGAACAAUAACAAAACACGAGCAAGAGAGAAUAUCUAGAAUUAAUGAUACUUUAAAACAAGAAACUAUUGUGCACAAGAUGUGUCAGAGCAUUGCCCAAAUAGAAAUUGAUGAUGUUGACAAAUAUUUAAUUCGCGGUGAAUGUCUACAAACUACUAAUAUUCCUUGUCCUAAAACACAGGAAACCCAUUAUUCCAAAGAUAACCAAAUUAUAAAUGAACAUGAUAAUAGAAGUGAGGAAUGUAUUAAACAACAUGACAAUCUUCAGCAAUAUUGUCCUGCUCAAGAAGCAGAUGCUGUAGCAGCCGAUGAAAUAGCAGAAAAAAAUGACAGCAAUUAUCACUUGAGCCAUAACAAGUCUAACUUGAAUGCCCUUGGGGAUAAUGACGAUGAUGAUGCUUUAUCUCUUUUUGCGGAAAGUUUAACAGGAUUAGAACCUUGUAGAAGAAAUAGUACAUUCAAUUCCGAAAUGUCCAACUUUGAGGAAUACGUUCCGCAACCAGUUAUACAUACAGAACAGCAGCGCCAAAAAAUUAUCUAUCAGCCAACGAAAAUAUCAAAUAAUAUCGAAGCUGAAAUUUUACAAUGUAAAAAGCAUGAGGCGGAUUCUACAUCUGUAUUGAUUGACUUUAACAAACCUAAUACUCAGGAAAAUAAUAUUUAUGAGGAUAAAGUGGGAAAUCGUUCACAAAAUCUACCCACAUCACAGGAUAUUGUUACUAAAAACACUCCAGCAGCAAACAAACCGCGUUUAAUGGCAUUAUAUCACGGGCCAGUGCCAUGGACAAGAAGUGUAGUUUUGAAGGGCUACUGUUUCUUUAACACUAUGUCAAAGUGUAAAAAACUUCACUGCAAAUAUCCUCAUGAACACCCUAAUGUUAAGGAUGUAAAAAAUACACUGCAAAGGAUAAGUGAAAACUCGUUCAUCCAAGAGUACAUGCUUAUGCGGAACUCGCCGCAACUCAGACGCAAAUACGGCCUGUGUUUUGUUGAAGAGUGCAUCCGACGCGAACUUACCAGGAUCUUGGUGGAAAUCGCGAUAGACUUUAUUAUAAGAACGAGCCAACAAUCUACGGAAGACAACGUUUUAAAAUCGGAGGUAGUCGAUACCGUUCUGAUGUACCUGAACCAAGUUGAUUUAUCCACUUGUGACGAUCUGCUUAAUUUCAACUUACAAAAUGAUAGUGCAGACCUGCUGCUUUGCGAUUAUUUCAUGAGUGUGAUUGCAAUGUCACAAAACUUCUCGCGAUUCAAAUCUAUUUUCAUUAAACUAACGGAUUUAAUGUAUAGAAACGAAAGAAAGUUUAGUGUCGACGUUGCUGAGUCUAUACUCGAGCGUUUUUGUAUCUUGCCUUACGACGAUUUAUUGGCUCGGGCUUUGCUGAUUAUUUUGAAAAACACCGAUGUCACUAUAUUCUCUAAUGCUAAGAUCGGCGAUUUAGAAAAACAGCUUAAAGCCUCAAAUGGAGAUUUGUACCAUGAGCUUGAAUCGAUUAAAGAACAAGCUUUAGGCGGUCAGCCGGUCCUGGACAACCACCAUGAGCGUACAUGUAAGCCACCUCAGAGCUUGGAAGUCGAUAAAAUGAAUACUAAUAAUGUUGGACAUAUGGACAAAAAUAUCAUAAGAUACUCACCAGACACGACAGAUUUGGGGCAUGCGAACAAGCCGCCCAUCAAGAUCCAGAGAAAUAUCACGACGACCUUUAAUAGGACAGUAAAUAUCGAUAAAUUGCAAAAUUUAGGAGCUCCCAAAACCAUUCAAAACAAAUUCGGCACACAGGUUGUAAAUAAUACAUCCUUCAAAUGGGCGAACCCAAGUACUUUGAAAAUUGGCGAAAAAGCCAAAACGAAUUUAAACAACACUACAGAGGACGGUCGAAAAAUGUGGCAAUGGAAUAAUCGCAGUAUUUUCGACACUUACUCCAAUAGAAAUCGCAAUAACCCUCCUAUGUGGCCGCAAAAGGCGCCUUUUAAAAGACAUUCAAAUUGGAAUUUUGAUGGAAGCCCUAAGAAAAUGAAACGGUAUAGCGGUCCCAGUCAGUACCAGAGCGACAUGUCAUGAUUAGGUUAAGUAACUGUAGGAUAAACUUAAGUUUAAUGUCAAUAGAAGAUGUUUGAAAGGUAAACUAUGAACUUUCGAGUGUAAUUUAGUAGUAGGUACAUAAUAUUUUAUAAAUUGGAUAAGCCGUUUAGAAUAGGACAAAAAAUCCUUUUUAGUGUUCCGUACCUCAUAAUGGAAAAACGGAGCAAAACGUGUUAAGAGGGAUCUCUCCGUCACUCGCUUUAUACAAACGUAGCUCCAAUUUCUUUUGAAUAUCAAGCAACCAA